GAAAAACCGGUCUUCCGCACCACCCAAUCCCCCGACAGAAAGAACUGGUGAACGCGGCCGACACACGCCCCGACAGCCUAGACGAGAGGAAUAGGCUCCACCGGAUUAUCCUACGCUGACAUCUACAUGCGAAUCUCCUCAUCCUUCAGUGGGCCGGUCAUUCUGAUCCCUGCUGCUUUUCCUUCCUUUUCUGUUGGAAUCCGAUGCAGCUGAAGGAGAAUACAUGGCUGGGUCCCGCAGGAGUCCGGUGUUGAGAGACCAGUGGAGAGCCACCAGCGACACUAGAGACCCCAGAGACCGGGAGAGGCACCGGCCUCGAGGCUCGUACCGCGAUAGGGGAAGGGACAAAUUUCGCGACCGUGAGCGUCGUCGCCGACCCAAAGAGGGCAGACCCGACGACGAGCUUCCUCUACGGUCGCCGCCACCGCGUCCCUUUCCUCCUCCACCUCACCACGAACCUCGUCAACACCGUGAUUUGUCCCCUAGCACCAUCUCCGCCCGUGGCUCCCCUGGUCAUCCACAUCCGGAAUUUCACCCUGGUCGGAAACUAGGCCGUCAUCGCUCACCCUUACCCGCUGAUUAUCCUGGCGUGGAAUCGCGUCGUUCCCUCGAAGCUGAAGUAACCACCGAUAGAGGUCACCCUCGGCGCGACCACUCACCAUCCGCUCCGCCUCCCUUCAAGCGUAAAAGAACGCGCAGUCCUUCUCCCAGUGGCUUCGAUCAGCCUCCCACCCGGCCAAGCCAUCGCUAUCCUCCUUCUAAUCACAGUGACGACCUGGAUCGAGGCCUGCCAUCCAACAGGCGAGGACGAUUUGCAACUCGGGGGAGAGAUAGGCGCCCACCCGGGGGUAGACGUCCAAUAUCCCCACGGCCUAGGCGCUCUAGGUCUCCCGUACGUGGUGGGAAAUCUUACGCGUACCCUCGCCGUCGCUUUCACAGCCCUUUGCCGGAAGACGAAGUCGAAGACGAGCCCCGCUAUCGAUCACCUUCGCGUCACUCUGUGCAGUCCGGUGUUUCAAGACUAUCUAUAGCGUCUCGCCGCAAUUCUUUGGGCGAUUCGACGAUGAACUCCGCCAGGCCCGCCCGCUCAGCAGCGGGUGACUCGUUUAGGUCUCUAUCCCCGUCUCGGGAAGCCCCAGGGCACGAUGCAGAUAAUGCCAGUGUUUCGGCCAACGGGGAGACAUCACGCGAUGCAUUCCAGCGCCCGCGAACAUCUCGGCCGUAUGCGGAUGCUUCCCAAUACUCAUCGACGAUGCAGAACGCUACUCCGACGAACUCUUACCACGGAUCGCCACAGCCUACUUCUCCAUACUCGGGCGGACGCGGGGGACGGGUCCAGCAUGUCCCUACCUCUCCGUACCGGCAGAACAACUACACCACGAGUGGCCCGCAUGGUCACAGUUCAUCCUAUUCAGGACCUUCUUACCGUGGUGGGCAUUCAGGGUACCGUGGCGGCUAUCAAGGCCACGGCGGCGAUCGUCGCUACAUGAACUCUGGGCCUCAGAGCCAUAAUAACGGGCCGCCACAUGGCCGAAGCAAUUUUAACAAAGCACAUUGGAGGGGCCAGGAUCCCCGAGGCCGAGGCCCUUCCAGUCCUCAUGAGCCCUAUAGGCAACCAUCAGCCAGCCCCCCGCCGCCCCCCGCCAACGAAGAAAGACCCCAUGUUGACGAUAAUGAUGACCGUUUUACAUCAAGGAAAGAAACCCACGCAGAAGAUGACGGUUCGAAGGCUACUGCGGCAGGUGAUGCUCAAGGCAACCCACCUGCAACUAAUGCUACCCAACAGUCUAAUUCAUCUGCUACCCCCAACAAAGGGGGCAAAAUCAGUUUUGCCUUCAAGGCAAAGUCUACCCCAGCUCCAGCUCCUAAGCCAGUUCCCGACCUGGCCCAAAGAAUGCUGGCACGAGAGCCACCGCCGCGCGCAGCUGAGCCACCUCCCCGCAAUAGGUUAUCAACUGGCCCGCCGCCACCGAAGUUCAAGCCCGACACACGUUUUGAUCGUCGCGAUCGUGACAGGGAUAGGGACCGCGACCGCGAUCGGCCACGCGACAGGGACCGAGAUCGAGCGAGGAUCGACCGCAGAGAGUUUCGGGAACCCCGUAGCUUUCGUGAAGCUCGAGAUCCACGCGAUAUGAGGAGAGAUGACCGACGAUUCGAACAUCGCAAUGAAAGAAGGAGAGGUGAUCGAAGACAAGAUUUUCGUCCCGAGCGCCGUCGCGAGCGUUCUCCAGAACCAAAGAAGCAGCCAAAGAUCUUGACUCGUCCCAAGCCACGUCCCACCCUCUCUGAAGAGUUUGCCCAGUCGGACUCGGUUUACUAUCGAAAGCCUGGCAAUGAGUCUGUCAUUGGUGCCGGUACAUAUGGAAAGGUCUUCAAGGCAAUCCAUGUCUACACACAGAAAAAGGUUGCAUUGAAAAAAAUACGAAUGGAAGGCGAGAAGGACGGCUUUCCCGUCACAGCUGUGCGGGAGAUCAAAUUACUCCAACAUCUUCGCAACAACAACGUUGUCAGCUUGUUGGAAGUCAUGGUUGAGAGAAACGAGUGUUUCAUGGUCUUUGAAUAUCUCUCACACGAUCUGACUGGCUUGAUUAACCAUCCGACCUUCACGCUGACGGCAGCUCACAAGAAAGACUUGGCUAAACAGAUGUUUGAGGGCUUGAACUACCUGCACCACCGUGGGGUCAUGCAUCGUGACAUCAAGGCCGCCAACAUUCUCAUUAGCAACAGAGGGCAACUGAAAUUCGCGGACUUUGGUUUGGCCCGUUUCUUUUCCAAGAGCCGCCAACUGGAUUACACCAAUCGUGUCAUCACCAUUUGGUAUCGACCACCCGAACUUUUGUUGGGUGAAACCAGGUACGGUCCGGCGGUCGAUGUCUGGAGUGCGGCGUGCGUGUACGUCGAGAUGUUUACGAAGAAAGCUGUCUUUCCCGGAGAGGGCGGAGAGAUCAGUCAAUUGGAGAAACUUUACAAUUCACUUGGUACGCCAACUCGGCAAGAGUGGCCAGACAUUGUCGAGAUGCCCUGGUUCGAGCUGAUGCGGCCGACUGAACGGCGCAAGAGGAUAUUUGAAGAGGUCUACCGGGAAGUUCUAUCGCCCGCUGCUCUGGAUUUAGUUUCGCAGAUAUUCCGCUACGAUCCUACAAAACGACCAAGUACCGAGGAGAUUUUGUCACACCCAUACUUUGUUUCAGAGGAGCCAAGUGCUCAACAAGCUGUCGAAUUGGAGAAUAUUGAAGGUGACUGGCAUGAGUUUGAGUCCAAGGCCCUCCGUCGCGAGAGAGACAAAGAACGUCGUGCUGAGUACCAGCGAGACAAGGAGAAGCGCAAGGGGGCACCGUCUGCACCUCCGAGCGAGAGAGACCCCAAGCGUGUCAAGCAAGACGGGUCUGAAAGCGGACCACCUUCCGCACCACACCCGGGGCAGUGA